CAACAACAACAGCAGCAGCAACAACGACAACAACAACAACCAACAAUCGUCGUCGUCGUCGUUGCCCCGACGUCGUCAUCGUUUUCUCUAUUUUCCUCAAUCGCUUUGCCUUUUCAUUUUCAAUUCGCAUAUUUUGCAAACUCUACUUUCAGUUAUUCGCCGAUAAUUGAUGUCAAAGGACGCAGUUGUGCUCCGCUGCCGCUGCCGCCGUCGUCGUCGUCGCCGUCGCUAUCAUCGCCUCCAGUUCCACAUCGCAUCCACAUCCACAUCCACAUUCGAAUCCACAUCCUGUCGCCAUGCCCAAGGAGGAUCCCUUCGUGAAUCGUGCUCAGCUGUUGAAGGCCAUCAAAAAGUAUCCAGAGAUUUGGGACUCCAACAACAAGCUGCACUUGUGCCGCAGCGUUACUUCGCCCAUGUGGAACGAGAUCGCCGAACAGUUUGGCGGCCAUGUGCCUACAGUCAAAUUGCAGUCGAUUUGGAGCCAAAUGAAGUAUCAUUAUCACAACUUGGUGCAUCGCCAGAUCCUGCACAAGGAGCGCUUCAAUACCAAAUGGGAGCACUUUGAGCCAAUGUCAUUUAUGUACAACAUAACUGUUGCCAAAAUUGUGGGCGCCCAGUCGGGAGCUGUGAACGCUGAAGCGAACGCAUCGCCUGCCAACGCCGAGACAACGUUGCAUGCAGAAGGAUCAACGCCAUCAACGUUGCCACUGCCGCUGGCUUUGCCACCGCCAUUGCCCAGUGCCACACAUGGACGGGGUCGUCCAAGCGGCAGCUUCAGCUGGUUGCAGACGCAACCUUCAACGCCUCCGGUCAGCGCAGAGUUGCCACAUCUGAUCCAGCAACCGCCUGCUCAUGCCAUGACGUACACGGCUUUCACCGGGCUGGUGCCACCGGCUGCUGUCACCGUGGAGGCAACAACCACGCCCACGCCCACAGCAACUGCGACGCCCUCGCGCAAAUUGGGGCGCCCCAGUUCGUUGCACAAUAGCAUGCGGGGUCGCAUCAUCGAUGCGAUCAAGGCGCGCCCCUCGCUCUGGGCGGGUCGCCAGCGUAGCGAGAAAGGUCAGGGACAAAGUCGCACCUCUGCCGUGUGGAAGGAGGCGGCUCACGAAAUGGGAUUGACGCCCACUCUCAUGCAGACGCGCUGGUCGAUCAUAAAGCAGCGUUACGUCGAUGAGCUGCAGAAGGAGCGUCAUGCGCAGUACGGACAGCAGGGAUUCCGCUCCAACUGGGAGCACUUUGAGCGCAUGUCCUUUAUGCGAGACAUGCUGCUGCGCAAGGUGGACGAGCGGGAGCAGACUCGCGAACAUAUCCAGGAGAUGGUUAGCGAACAGCAACAACAACAUCCGCAAACACAAACCCAAACCCAUCCGCAUCCUCAAUCCCAAUCCCAAUCCCAACCUCAUCCGCAAUCGCAUCAUCAACUGGCGCAACAGUCGCAGCAUUUGCAGAUUUAUCGACCGCCAGGUUUAGCGGAGCAUGCUCAAGACAUGCCAAUUGGACUAGUGCAGCAUCAGUUGCCACAUCAUGGGGCACUGCAUCUGCAUCCGCAUCAUAAUCAUCACCAUCAUCAUCAUCUUCAUCAUCCGCUGGUUGCGGGCGUUGGCGGCGGCAGGCGUCGGGUUAAGCACGAAUCGGAUCUGGAAUGGGAUCCCUUCGAGAUGAUAUUGCAUGUGCAGGGAAAUGGAGAAACGGCGGCCAACUAAAGUAAGACUGAGAGCGCAAUGGGAAUGCAAGAGAGAGACAGAGAGAGAGAGAGAGAGAGAGACGGAGACAGUUCGAGAGCGGCAAUUUCUAUUAUAUAUUAUAAAUAUAUCGCCAGAUGUAAAAUUAAGUCUAUUACAAUCCAAUUUGUAUAUCUAGUUUACCACUUUUCUAUCCAAUAAACAUCACUUCCAACACACAA